UCUCUCCCCUUCUCCCUCCUGCUCUCCGCCUCCCUGCAGCGCCACGCCGGCUCCCCAGCCCGGUCGGCCGAUCGCGAGCCGCUGAGAGUUUGCCGAGCCGCCCCUCUGGGGCCCCGCGCCGCCGAGUCCCGCUAAGGCGAAGACGCAAGCAGGCCGGGGAGAGCGCGGAAGAAAAACAAGCGGGCGCGCCGCGGGAGCCCCAGGAGGGCGGCCGGGUGGCGGCGGAGGGCGGACGGGGCGGGCCGGCGCCGACGGCCGGGGGAGCGCGCACGGGAAAGUUCGGCCCCGGCGGCCGCGCGCCUGCCUCGCGGCGCUCCGGGAGAGGAACUUGCCCUCCGCGCGGCUCGAGCGGCGAGCGUUUCCCACCCGGGAGCCGGCCGAGCGCGCCGCGGCCGGGGGUGGGCGGCGAGGCGGCUGGCGGAGGGCGCCGAGCGAGCGCGGACGCCGCGGGCCCCCAUGCCAGCGGCCAACAUGCUGGAGAACCUGCAGCCGCCCGCCCUGCAGGUGCCCGAGCCGCAGGGCGCGCCCGAGGGCAGCCCGCUCUGGUCCAGCUCGUCGACCCCCACGCUCCGCCGCCGGCGCUUCAAGAUGCGCCGCAUGAAGAACGUGCAGGAGCAGAGCCUGGAGGCCGGGCUGGCCCGGGACCUGCCCGGCGUCUUGGCCCCCGGCAAGGAGUUCCUGCAGCUGCCGUCCAUCGAGAUCACGCCCUCCAGCGACGAGGACACCCCGUGGUCCAACUGCUCCACACCCAGCGCUUCCCCGCGCCGAAAGCGCUUCCUCCUCCGCAAGUGGCUCAGGGUGAGGGAGAGGAAGGAGUGCAGUGAAAGCAGCAGCCAGCAGAGUAGCCAGCAGAGCAGCCACGACGAUGAUUCCAGCAGGUUCCUGAGUCCUCGAGCGAGGGAAGAAGGCACUGCCAGUAACUCAAACCGCAGCACGCCGGCCUGCUCCCCCAUCCUCCGGAAACGGUCUCGCUCGCCAACCCCACAGAGCCCGGACGGAGACACCAUGGUGGAGAAGGGCUCAGACCACUCCUCGGACAAGUCCCCGUCCACGCCGGAGCAGGGCGUCCAGCGCAGCUGCUCCUCGCAGUCUGGCCGGAGUGGCGGCAAAAAUUCCAAGAAAAGCCAGAGUUGGUAUAACGUAUUAAGCCCAACUUACAAGCAGAGAAAUGAAGACUUCAGAAAGCUCUUUAAGCAACUUCCAGACACGGAGCGCCUCAUUGUUGAUUACUCAUGUGCACUCCAAAGAGACAUUCUUCUUCAGGGCCGACUCUACCUCUCUGAAAAUUGGAUCUGCUUCUACAGCAACAUCUUCCGCUGGGAAACUCUGCUGACUGUCCGUUUGAAAGACAUCUGCUCCAUGACUAAAGAAAAAACAGCUCGCCUCAUUCCCAAUGCCAUCCAAGUUUGCACUGACUCAGAAAAGCACUUUUUCACUUCAUUUGGAGCCCGGGAUAGGACGUACAUGAUGAUGUUCCGGCUCUGGCAGAAUGCACUCCUCGAAAAGCCCCUGUGUCCCAAGGAGCUCUGGCACUUUGUUCACCAGUGCUAUGGGAAUGAAUUGGGCCUUACCAGUGAUGACGAGGACUACGUGCCCCCCGAUGACGACUUCAACACUAUGGGCUACUGUGAGGAGAUCCCCGUGGAAGAGAAUGAAGUGAAUGACAGCUCGUCGAAAAGCAGCAUCGAGACCAAGCCAGAUGCCAGUCCUCAGCUACCCAAGAAAUCCAUCACCAACAGCACGCUGACAUCCACAGGGAGCAGCGAAGCCCCCGUGUCGUUUGAUGGCUUGCCCCUGGAGGAGGAGGUGCUGGAUGGCGAUGGGUCCCUGGAGAAGGAGCUUGCCAUUGACAACAUCAUCGGGGAGAAGAUGGAGAUCAUCGCACCCGUGACCUCCCCUUCGCUGGACUUCAAUGACAACGAGGACAUCCCCACCGAGCUCAGUGACUCUUCCGACACCCAUGAUGAAGGGGAGGUCCAGGCCUUCUACGAGGACCUGAGUGGCCGGCAGUACGUGAAUGAAGUCUUCAACUUCAGUGUGGACAAGCUCUAUGACCUGCUGUUCACCGACUCGCCCUUCCAGCGGGACUUCAUGGAGCAACGGCGGUUCUCCGAUAUCAUCUUCCAUCCAUGGAAGAAGGAAGAGAAUGGCAACCAGAGCCGAGUGAUUCUCUAUACCAUCACCCUCACCAACCCUCUGGCUCCUAAAACUGCCACUGUCAGGGAGACACAGACCAUGUACAAGGCGAGCCAGGAGAGUGAAUGUUACGUGAUAGACGCCGAGGUCCUCACACACGACGUGCCCUACCACGACUACUUCUACACCAUCAAUCGCUACACCCUCACCCGCGUGGCUCGGAACAAGAGUCGACUCAGGGUCUCCACAGAGCUGCGCUAUCGAAAACAGCCCUGGGGGUUAGUGAAGACCUUCAUCGAGAAGAACUUCUGGAGUGGGCUGGAGGACUACUUCCGCCACCUGGAGAGCGAGCUGACCAAAACGGAGAGCACCUACCUGGCUGAGAUGCACAGACAGUCUCCCAAAGAGAAGGCCAGCAAGCCCCCAACGGUACGGAGGAGGAAGCGCCCCCAUGCUCACCUGCGGGUGCCUCACCUGGAAGAGGUGAUGAGCCCCGUCACCACACCCACUGAUGAAGAUGUGGGCCACAGGAUCAAACACGUGGCAGGUUCCACGCAGACACGGCAUGUCCCCGAGGACACCCCUAAUGGCUUCCACCUGCAGAGUGUGUCCAAGCUGCUGCUGGUUAUCAGCUGUGUUCUGGUGCUGCUGGUCAUCCUUAACAUGAUGCUCUUCUAUAAACUCUGGAUGUUGGAAUACACCACCCAGACCCUCACUGCCUGGCAGGGUCUGAGGCUCCAAGAAAGGUUACCCCAGUCUCAGACAGAAUGGGCCCAGCUCUUGGAGUCCCAACAAAAGUACCACGAUACUGAGCUCCAAAAAUGGAGGGAGAUCAUCAAAUCCUCAGUGAUGCUUCUUGACCAGAUGAAGGACUCUCUCAUCAAUCUUCAGAACGGCAUCAGGUCCCGCGACUACACAUCAGGAAAUGAAGAGAAGAGGAACCGCUAUCACUGACCAGGCAGGAGCAGGGGUGGCUGCAAGAGGCCUGUGCAAUACAUGUACAUAGACCAUAUAAAUAUAUAUAUAUAAAUAUAUAUAUAUAUAUAUACAGAAUAUAAAUAUAUAUAUAUUAUAUACAGAUUUUAAAAAGAAAUAAUGCCUAUGUACCAGGGAGAAGGAGCCGGACGGCCUCCUGUGCUGGCCGGGCCGAGGGGCCGAGGAGGGCAGGGACCACCUCUCAGCACCGACCUCCCCUGAUCCUCCUCCUCCCCAUCCCUUCCCCCAGCCCCAACCCUUUCCCUCACUGGCCGUCCUUGGCUCUGAGAAGGGAAAUGUUGUUGAGCCAAAGUUAUGCCUGUGAAGACCCUGGGGUCUCGAAGUCUCAAGGGGGCAUUGCUUAAGGUGCUUCAUUCCCCAAUCCUCUUUUGAUUUGUCUCCAAAAUAAAAGAGAAUCCCCCCCCCCCCCCCCCCGCGCUUCCCCAGGUGCUCUCUUGUGAACAGGAAGUAUCCAGGGCGGGAGCCCAAUCAAAAGUCUGCCACCUGAGGCCACGUCCCUUUCUGUGGACGCCACGCCCCCAGCCCGGUUGGGGGUUGGAGGGCUGGGAAGGCUGUGCCUGCGUGAUUGGGCUUUGUAGCUGAAGGCUCCCCUGGGGACUUGUGUACCUAACGGUGUUCUCCUCCAUCACCCCUGCACCUUCCCUUAACCCGUGUAGGGUGUGGACCCAAUAAGGGCUGGGAAUUUCUGACCUUCCCACCCCCCUUCUCUCUGGUCUUCUCCCAGGCUGGAUCUGGGUGAAGUGUCACUUUUUAGUGCCUAAAGCCCUAUUUUUUCUCUGUGCCCUAAGAGCACACAUUGUUUAUUAGCCAGGAUGGAGCAUUUUUGAUCUUGUUAAACCCCUUUUUAAGUGGUUAUAAGCAAGGAGGGCCUGUGGCUCUAAUUCCUUCGUUUUGAGCUGUCCAUUUGAUUUCCGGGACGAUCCAGGGUGCCCUAGGGACGUCCGGGGUUUGGGAGAGUGAGUGCCCUCACAUUGUACAUAUUGUGGGUUCACACGGAACGCUGUGUAAGUAGUGAGCAACUUGGUGAGUGCUCACUUGGCUGCCAGCAUCAUUGACUCUAAGAGAAGAGCCAACUUUAGUCAAGGGAGACACUGGAGACCUUCUACACAAGGAAGGAGACCUAGGCUUUUGGAAGGAAUACAUUUGGGAAACGUGCGUGCAUUUGUGAAGGAAAAGGCCUGAUUGAGUCUCUGCCCUUUGGAGGCCAUUCCAAAUCCUGUUUCUAAGACUUAGGAGAAUUCUGGUAAAGGGGGCAAAGCCUUCUCUGGUCUCUGGCCCCAGGGAGGUAUGAGAGCACUAAGGAGGAGAAAGUGAGUCAUCCAGAUCCAUUUUGGAGUUGGUUCACUAGGAUUCGUGCACUUAUCUGACCUCUGUCUGACCUCGUCAGGCCCUUGUAGCCACGAUUACCAUUUUUUAUUCACUAACUGCUAUUCUAACAUAUAAUGACCAGAGGGAUCCUGCCAGCCCCAGGCAGAGCUCACAGUGCUCAGUCAGGAAAGGAUUGUACCAGUUUGGCAAGGAAAGUUCUUUUAGAUUGCUCAUUAUUCUAGUGGGCCUCUUGAUGCGAGGGACAGAAGAAACUCAGGGCUUCUCACUGAUGUGGCCCAAAAGAAGGGCAAGUUGUGUUCUUCUCUUGGAAUGGCCGGAGCAUCCCACUUUUAUAAUCAAAGACAAGUUUUUGACUUUUUAGUCUGAGAAUAUGGCCUUAUUAUUGCCCUAAGAGCAGGAAUACAUGCCCCAGGGGAGUAGGCUGAGAAGGCUCCACAGAAUCAGCUAGAAUUGAUAUCCCUCCUCUAGAAAAGGAGAUGUGAGGGAUGGAGUUGAACAUAAUCCUUGGGAAGGGUGCAUAGGCCCACGGGUCAGUGGGUCACCACUCACUCUUGUCCGGGGCUUUGAAUGGGAGACACCUUGGUGAGGGUCAGGGCUCAUGGGCCCUGGGCCAAAGGAGGAAUAGUGCAGACUGCUAGAAAUUUUCCUGGUGCAGUGGCCAGAAGCCAAAAUUAGUCUCAGAAACUUUUGAAAGCAAAAAUGGCAAAUUCUCUAACUUAAUCCAUGUACCAUUAUUUAUCUAAAUCCAUUCAAUUGUUGAAGGUCCCAUGGUGGGACCUUUGGGGUGACUUACAAAGGGUUCUCUGCCGGCAGUAAAGUAAUACAAGUGGGCCUGGCUACGCAGAGUUGCUCAGCUUUUGCUUUACCUCUUCAGCCAUUCCAGGGAGGAGUAGGUAACAGGGAGGGACGCAUUUAGUAUGUCCAAGGAAUCAUCAUGGUUUCUGGGGGUGUGAGCCUGGGAGACAGGGUCUACACACAGGGAACGUCCCUCCACCUGCCUCUUUCCUAGGAAUCAUGAUCUCUCGGGUGGGCACUCUCUGAUAUAAUAACGUUUUAAACCUUCAAACCAGGAGAAAGCUCAGCACCUCUGUGGACUCCCAAACAAAAGCUUCCCCCCCCUCCUCCUUAUUCAAUAGCCUGUCAAAGAAAAGGGAUUCAUCUUCCAGCCAGUGCUUUGUUUUUGUUCAUGUAAGAAUUCUGGUCACAUAGGAGUCUUUAUGUGAGGAUUUCUGUCGUAACAAUUGAGAGCUUGCGCUCAAAGAUUUUGCAAAGUUUCUAACCAGGUGGCAAACAACUACUGGGUCUAUACUUCCAACUGCAGUGUACUUGAAGGGAUUAAGAUUGGCCUUGGAGAAUCCACUCGUGUCUACAACUCGUCCGUCCCCCGUCCACCUCCCUGGCACAGGGGCAACAAGACCGGCAACCUGAAGCUGUCUGUAAGGGCACUGGGCAGAGUCAGGAGACCUGGGCCCGAGGCCUAGCUCUGCUCUUAGACAAGUCCCUUCCCCUUUCUGAACAUCAGUAUCCUCGUUUGUAACAGGAAGGGGGGUAGGCUAGACUGUCUCGAAGAUAGGUUCUAGCUGAGCAUUGUCUUGGAGGCUGGGUCAGAGACUGGCAAGGCAGGGCUUUCUCAAACGUGGAAGGUGCUCUGCCAGAAGAGAACAAGCGUCUGGGCUAGAGCUUCCCUGGUGUUUAGAGGGGUAGUAGGACAGCAUCAGGGCUCCCAAGAAAUCCAGGGUAGUUAACUUUCUUCUUUAUGGGCUGGCAGGACUAGGGAGGCCUAGUGAGGUAGGGAAGGGGAGAUCAGGUUUGUCGUAUUUCCCAGUAUUAACCUAGGAGGGUGGUUCUUCCUUUGUUGGCUUAGUCUUUGUUUGGGAAGGGACUUUCUCUAAGUUGGGAGGAGGAUAAUGGCAAGAAUGGCACCAUCUUGGAUUGAGCUCAUCUUUCGUCUCUAGGCUAUAAAGCCUUUCAUCUGUCCAUCCUUCCUCCUCCUUGCUAGAAGAAACACUGGAGAGAAGCCAUUCCUGGCCCUAGCACUUCUCUUUUGGCUCAAUUCAAACCUUGUUGGGUUUUAGAUUAAUUGUGAACCUUUGGCUAAAAUCCUUGGGUUGCUUUAGAGCACUGACCCUAAGAAUCUGGGAUUUUAGGAAGGGGGAGGGGGAUCAAGAAACCUCAAAGAGGAAUGCUUUGCUAGAAAUGGCUUCCCUCUGUGUCCCUCUCCCUGAUCCAUGCUUGAUCCAUGUCUAAAUCAUUUGUGGACAGCAUUUCUAGGGUGAAAUCUUGCAGAAAGGACUAGGGGAAGACUCUUUCUAGACUAUUUGUGGUCCCAGAAGGAUGCUUUCUGUGCCAUACUGUGCUGUUGCUUUAGCUCUGCAGGGCAGCCAAAGCCAGCCCUUCCUCUCUAGGGCCCCCAGGUGGCAGGGCUGUGGUCUCCCUCCCCACACCCCCGGGCCCCACCUCCCCACUCCAGUCGGAAACUUGAGAACCUGGCUUCCUGACUCUCUCCUCCCCCACCCUUUGUCUCUAGGCUGUGGGACAAUCAUCCCAUCCACCACUUGACAUCCUUGACCCUCGUCCCCCAGCCUCCAGCAGGCUAUCCCCACUCCCUCCACCUCUAUGUUUUCUUCCAGAAGAUGCGUUUUGGGUCCGAAUGGAGCGAUUUUCUGGAAGGCCGUCUUUUUAACGCCCCUGCUUCCCUGAUGUGGAGUAGGGAUUUGCACAAGGUGUAGAGAGCUCCCUCCCCACCUCUCUGCCCAGCCUUGUUACCUCACUCCUGCUCCAGCCAUGGCUGCAAUGGGCCCAGCCAGCUCCCUGUCUUGGUGUUCUGUACGACAGCUCAGGGGUCUUGGGCAUUGUUUUCUGUUGUGACUUGAGGUCCUCAGCAGGCCUGGGAGCCUGGAUUGGAGCCUUGGCUGCUGGCGAGAAGCACCUUGCCUGCCAAGAGGAGCUGAUGCCAGACGAUCUACCCGACAUGUGAAAGCAUAAAGAAUAUUGUCAUCUCUGCCCCUUGGCCCCCUUGCUUCUCUCGACACAGUGAGACGCUGCAGAAGCAAAAUGGCGGCCUCUGCUCCAGGCAAGACAGCUGGCUGUCUGGGGAGUUGGCCCUGGGCUUGGAUGCCACGUGCUGAGAUCGCGUAACAAAAGCAACCAUAUUUGCCAACAGUAGUGUGUGGCUCCCCACAUUUCCCUAUCCUGCACUCUAGGGCCAGACCACUCUCUGCAUGGACCAGAUCAUCUUCCCAAACCCAUGGUGCUUUUCCCCCCACUCAGCCUAGACUUCAAGGUGGGGAGGAUGGGUCAGAGGCCAUAGUGGCCCCUGGAUAAUCCUGACAAGGGGUGGAGUGGGGUGAGGCAGAGGGAGCAGCCCCCAACACCUGCACUGGGCCAUAUAUGGGAAAGAAUACAGGUUGAUUGCAGUCGAGUUGUCUGGCCAUCUGUAUUUGGAUCUAUAACUGUACUUUGCCUGGCGCUGUGCGCAAGGUCUGAAAACUUAACUGCUAUUACCUAGAAACCAUACACGGCUUCCCAGCCAAAUCUUAAUGUAAAGUAGCUAGAGCCAUGGAAGUACAGUAUGAAUUAAAAGAAAAAGUAUUGAACUACAAA